CGCAGAUGCAGAAUUCGUUGGGAUUCUUCAGGGAAUUACGGGGGAUGCUGAAUCGAAGCCUCCGGGGCACGGCAGUUCGCCCACUUGUAUCCAGCACAGCCUCGAGGUGCAACAGCUAAUUGAUCGGAUCCUGCUUUACCUUUUUCAUCUCGGCCAAAAUCUUCCUUGGAAUCAUGCAUACAGUUGGAGGACGACGCCCGACUCGCACUGUGCGGUUUUUCCAUCCAAAUAAGCUUAACCUCCUUUAUUGGGUCGGCGGGAUGUACCCCCUUGCGAUUGUGUGACGCUUUGCCGUUUACAGUGGGGGGGCCCCAGGGAUUUUUUACUCUACGUCUUGGUGAUGUUGGUUGUUUUCAUCCUGCGGUUUCGUUGAAUGACGCUUACAAGGAGCCCUCGUUGGGAGCUCCUCAUCUGUGCAGGAGCGGGGCUUGCUAACAGUCGGCUGUCAAUGAAAGCAUGCAUUCUCCAUAUCUGGAGUGCUCCAGCCUAAUGCUCAGGGAUCAAGACGACGGAGAGGGGUGGGUGUGGAUGUGCAUGGUAGGAAUCUAGCUUUUAGGGGUGGAAAUGGUCGCAUCUUCUGAAGCCGACAAUUGACGUUUCAUCCUUCCUUCAAGAUUCCCUUUGACUCGCCAUCAAAGCUCCCUGACGUACGAACGCAGUGGGGGCUAUCCCUGCGGCACUUGGUAAUGUGCUACUGUGGUUCUACUGCUCAUCCGUCGGUUCCGGAACAGAAGGCUCAUGCGAGAAAGAUAAUCGAGUCGAAAUUGGCGAUUCAUUUGGGUCCUUUUGGCACGAUGCCCUGCAGUAUUCGAGAACUCACUCAUCCGAAGCCUCAGGUUGGUAUCUGCUUUCCCGUGGUUUGACAUUCUGCAUGCCCGGAUCUGAAGCUUUCAGUCCAGAUUGGGUUUGCCUUGAACUCUGCGCCAGCAUAUGCUCGGUGCACGCAAGGUUUCGGAUGUGCAUGGGAAGUUAUCAACUCUUGCGACUAGACCAUCCGAUUUGCAUCUGUCUGAUUGGAAAUACGGUUCAGGAAUUACCAACAGAGAACCUCUUGAAGAUGGCUGAAAUUGGCACUGGACCAACCUCGUGUCGAUGCCCAGAUGGUAUAUCUCAGAUUCUGAUGCGGGGAGACCAUUGUGCUCUCAGAGCACUGAGUGUUUGUAUGGCGGAGCUUAGCCAUCUUAGACUGAACUCAGACUUUGGAGGCAACGCGUGACCCAAGUGGUAAUAGAGGCAGUCUGCAGGAAGUCACGUGGGAGGGGCAAUAAGAUGAUACAAAUUAGGAUUGUCACCGUCGUAAGACUAUAAGCAAGUUGUUUCUACGUUGGCAAGCGCAGCUCCCGAUGCAUGAACGAUAAGGCAAGAAGCAUGGAUGAGCAUGGUUUUCGGAGCUUCCUGAGUUUUCCUUCCUCCAGGUUGAUCCUAGACCCAUUGGAGGAGGCACGAUCGACAGCUGAUUCUGAUUCCCAAGCAUUACUGUGAUGAGGACAUCACGCCAAGUGGAUGUCCCUCGGCAUCCAUUAUCACAAAAAUGCAGAGGUCUGCGGCGGCUCAUCUUCCACAUCCUGGAGUUCCAUUCCUGUAUUCGCUGAUCUGUAAGAGUUCGAACUUCAAUCGUGUCUCAACGUGGCCUUGUAUUAUUGUGUCGAGAAACAAUAGACGGUGUACAUUGACCUGUAAUGAGAAUGGCCAGUGGAUUUAUAUACGUUAGGUCUGGAGAAGUUACAUGCCGCAACGUAAACAGCAAUUGAGGGAUUGCUAGUUACGUAAUUGGGACCGACUUGUUCUGUCGGAUCCGGUGGAAAUGCAUACGAACUCGCGGCCCCCAAUUUUCCCAUGUUUGGGAAUGAUGUAAUAGGAGGUGGCCAGCAAGUCAUGGAUUUAAGUGGAGGUAAUCCGAUUCAGUGCGGUGCCGCACAACCCUGGGUUAAUCCAUAUAACAACCCAGAACCUGAAUACGUUUAUUUGGUGAGUCAUACAACCUUUUAAGAUACACUGCAGUUGCGCAAAUGUAGUUUACAACAAGUAUUCUAACGAGUUUGGUUUGGAUUUCAGGUCUCGCCUCAGAAUUCGCACACGCUAUCAGAAAAUGGAUACAGCAAUCUCAGCUGCGGACCCGUCCCGCAACCAAAUUACAUGGUGCGACCCGACAGCAAUUUCUUACCUCAACUCAACCCUGUACAGCAAUUCAGCGCCCCGCACAUGGACUACCGCUAUUUACCACCAGCACAACCGCCUGUCUCUCACGAACCCUAUGGGACGCUGAGCGAUAAUAACUUGCAGCAAUAUGACAACGUUUGGCAGAGUUUGGAAUCAGAUUUUCUUGCUCAAACGUCAGUGCAAUACAACGAUGUUCCGGGGGACAACAAUAUGAUUGAGGUGGUUCAUGGAUUCCAUGACCCCCCCGCACAUAUCUCAAUUUCAGUGUCAAAUGAAGUACCGCUUACUUCUAGGCCGGUGGCAGAUCACAGAGCCUGGACCAUGCCCUCGCAUCCCAUACCCGGAGUCGCCGAGAGCUCUGGUAGCGUCCCAGCUGAAUACGGCAAUACUUCCUCUCCCACGUCUACAAGGCAAUCGCAGGAAUUUAAUCCUUCUCACGGGUUUGCUGGGCAGGGCCAAGUUCGCCGUCUUUCUGAAAUGGUCCGGGACUCGGAUCCAGGAUUUUAACUUCCUGCUAUGGAAGUCAGAUCGGACUGCAUGGAUUUUUCCAUGGAAGAUACAGCCUCCGACACCGUUUCCACCACCGGCACAGGUGGAAACCACGCAGCUGCGCAACGGUCUUCCCGACCGAAAAGCAAUUUCGAAGAUCAGAUGCAGACUAGUCAUCAACAAUAUCGUAAGGUUUUAGAUGAUGGGGAAGUGGCUUGCGCUUCUGGGGGUAGUUCAUACAAUGAGUCCGAUCCCACAGUCGACAAUGAUCUCUCCACCUUGAUGGCACCCGGCCGGUCAGGCUUACAAAGCCUUGGUGAAUCCAGUUGGGCUGUACAGCUGCUAAAUCUCUGCGCAGCCGCCAUAGAGAGCCAAAACGUCAGCAGAACGCAGCAUCUCAUGUGGGUGUUGAACGAUUUUGCUUCCGUAGUUGGCGAUGCCAACCAGCGAAUCGCAGCUUACGGGCACCGGGCACUUUUUUGUAGGAUUACAGGAAGUUUGGAAGCCGCCAAGACGUAUUUGCGUCCGAAACAUUAUGAUCAGGAGCUAAGUUUGGGACCCAAAAUGGUACACCGUGCUCUUGUGAAAUUUCACGAACACGUCCCUUGGCAUCAAAACUGUUACUCUAUCAUGAGCCAAACCCUGCUGGAAGUCUGCGCGGGGAAGAGCAGAUUGCACAUCAUUGACAUCGGCGCUGGCAAAGGUAUCGAAUGGCCCAUCUUCAUCGACGCCCUCGUCAGCCGCUCGGGUGGACCACCGUCCAUUCUGAGGAUGACCAUGAUUAGGGAUCUUCAGCGGGAAGAGCACAACUUGCGAAGUCAACUCAACUCCGAAAGUAGUGAUUUCAUGACGAGGCUGGUGAAAUUUCCCGGCCUUCUCGGUUUGCAUGUGGAAGUGAAUAUGGUGCGAAAAGCGCUCGAAUGCGUCACUCAGGAGGCUUAAUGACGGCGAGCUUCUAGCAGUCAUCUGCCAAUUUCGUCUCCACCGGCUAUCCGAGGAGCCCGACACCAACUGCUUACCACCGCGCCUCUCCCCGCGCGACAAAUUCCUCGACUUCUUAUUCCAACUCAAUCCCCACGUCUUCAUCCAGAGCGACAACAAUUGCGACCACUGCUCCCAGGAUUUCCUCACGCGCUUCCGGAAUGCGUCCGCCUUCUGGUGGAAUUGCUUCGAGUCGAUCGUCUUCGACUACAACGGGCGAGACCCCGACGGGCGCCAGAUCAACAUGGCAUCCCUGCAGUGGCGCAAUCCCCCCACCACCUUCACCUCCGUCUGGAAAACUCCGUCCACUUGCCUCAAAACCUCUUGCAAAUACAGCAAGCUGCACAGCUAAUCCCCUCCCCGUUCUCUCCCUCGCACACUAGGCAUCCUCCGUUGCUGUUCAUGGUUGCACCAUUUUUAUUUUUAUUUUUAUUUUUGUGUGUGUGUGUGUGUGUCCUGUUGAAGCUCCCUUCCUCCCUGACACUGAUGGUUACUCGCAGAGGAUUGUUGCCUCCCCAGUCGCGCAUUAUUAUUAUUCUGGAGCAUUUCAUUCAUACUGUGCUUCCUUUUGCAUCUGUGCCUUCCUUACGUCCCUCUUCUGUUUCCUCUUUCCACUGUCUUUUUUUAAGUGUGCAUGGGGAGUGAUGAUGUGUGAUUUUCAUGGUGGUGAGGUUGGCGUUCAUAUCUUUAUUCUUUUGAUGCUCAUAAUGGGAAAAAUAGAUUAGAGUUCUUUUUA